CGCGAGAGCGGUCCGGCCCCGGCGCGCAUAAUAAAAGGCCGACCGACCGGUGGUCUCGGACCCCCCGUCGCCAUCUCCCAAAUUCCUCCGCAGGGACGCCCUACACUCCUCUGACCCUCCCCGUCUUCAGUCGCGUCCCGGCUGUCGGCGACCCGCCGUCGUCGUCGUCGCCAUGAUUGGAUAAAUCAUCUACCCAAAUGAGAAGCAAAGAAAAGACUACCUCAAGACGUGUUGCUGAUAGGAAAAUUGCAGUAUUUGAGAAGAAUAUCACUAAGAGGGGUUCUGUUCCCGAGACAGUCAAGAAGGGAAAUGAUUAUCCUGUUGGACCUAUCGUGCUUGGAUUUUUCGUCUUCGUUGUUGUUGGGUCAUCUCUGUUCCAGAUCAUCAGGACAGCCUCAAACGCCGGUCUCUUCUGAGUAGAGUGGUGCUCUGCUUAUAGUGACGAUGAAUAGGGCUGCAAUAUGCAGUUGGUUGUCGGUUUAAAAUUAGAACUGAAUGAGAUAGCUGGUACUCUUGUGAUGCUUGUUAUACCUCUUACCAUUGUACUUGGUGGAGUUUAAGUUAUAUGGAGGUCAUACCAUUGGACUGCUAAUCUGUGUUGCUCGGGGCCUCAGGCCAUUGGAAACGUUCCAUUUUAUAUCUGGUUAUAGAACUUCUGAAUCAUA